UUCAUUGUAUUUUCAUACUUUGUCCCUGCUGAGUGCCCAGUUGCCACAGAGGCCACUGCAGAUGUACGUACUGGUAAAAGAGAGGACUUAUCGACAGAUACACAUCUUUCCUCAAUGCUGCAUCGAUACCUGCCACACUUCUUUAACGAUGACUCCAUGCCACCACAGCAGACAUUAGAGGGAACCACUGAGGUCUCAGUUGCUCCAGUGGCAAAAUCUAAUAUCAAGGAAGAGGACAGAUUCUAUCCUUUCUCCCUCCCACCACUGGCUCAGCGGUUCAUUGGCAAAUCAUUCAAUGUCCCGGAAACCUCCCAGCCUGCUGUUUUAGCCACAGAGUACCGAGUUGCCAAAGAGGCUACUGCAGGCACGGCCACUGUCAAGAGAGAGAACCGAUGGGCAGCUAGAAGUCUUCUUUCAGUGCUGACUCCAUGCCUGCCAUCAGUCUUUGACGGUGACUUCAUGCCACCAGAGCAGACAGUAGAGGAUGCCUAUGAGGUCUCAGGUGCUACAGAGAACACUUCAGGUACAGCUACUGUUGAUGGAGUGGGCAGAUCAGCAGCUAAACGCCCUGUCCCAAUGCUGCCUCCAAGUCUGUCACGUGUCUUUGACAUUGACUACAAACUGCCGGGGUCGGCAGUAGAGGGAACCAACAAGUGUCCAGUUGCCAGUGGAACAACCAAUGAUGUGUCCACUCACCUAAAGGAGGACAUGGCAGCUGAUCAAAGCCCUCCUGACCCUGGAGCACUGCCUCCAAGCUCGCCAUGUAUCCGUGACUCUGACCACAAACUGACCAAGGAGAAAAAAGAGGACGCCAAUGAGUCCUCCCUUGCCACAGAGAUCACUGUAGGCACAUCCAUUGUCCAGGGAGAGGACCUGUUGGGUGAUAAAAGCCCUGCUCCAAGGCUGCCUCCAUGCUUGUCACACAUUUUGGACAAUGACCAUAAGCAGCCAGAGGAGACGAUAGUUGCGAGGGAAGCAGCUGUUUCCGUGUCCACUGUCUUCCAAGAGGAGUUUUUGGAUAGAGAGAAUCCAUCAGCAGCUACACGUCUUCCCUCAGUGCUGCCUUCAAGUCUGCCACUUGUCUUUGACAAUGACUACAAACUGCCAGAGGAGGCAGUAGAGGGCACCAGCAAGUGUCCAGUUGCCAGUGAAGCAGCCGCUUCCGUGUCCACUGUCCUCCAAGAGGAGUUUUUGGCUGGUAAAAGUCCUCCUGCACCCGCAGCACUGCCUCUAAGGCUGCCCUGUACCCACUGCAUUGACCACAAACAGCAAGAGGAGACAGUUGAGGACAACACAGAGCGCUUAGUUGACACAGAGGAAAGUGCAGUUUCAUCCACUGUCAAGAGAGAGGAACUGAUAGGUGAUAAAAACCCUGUCCUAGCACUUCAUCCAAGCCUGGCAUGCAUCCAUGACAAAGACCACAAUGAUCCAAAUCAGAAAGGGAGGGGCACUACUAAGGAGGUGUAUCUCUGCCCUCACGCUCACCAGCUGGACCCAGAUGCUAACUUAACUCUGUCAACCCACAAUGAUGAACCCAGGACCUGGACCUUGGAAGAGACAAAGGAUUAUAGGAUAGGCAUUGACAUUGAGAGUGAAGAGAGGAGCGUCCAGGAGGAGGUGAGACCGAGGGAGGGGUUGAAGUGUGAUGCGGACUGUGCCCAUUCCAAGAGCUCCAAUGGGAUGGUUUCAUCAGAGAGAGCAGAGACCAUCCUGGGAAGAGUGGGCUUUCUGGUCAGGAACCACAUGCAGAAAAUCCCAUUUUUGAAGAUGGAGGAAAAAGAGGAAAAUAAGAAACUGAAUAAGAAGUUGAAAGAUGACGAGAAAGAGAGAAAGGAGAUGAAAAACAAGGAGGAGGAGCAAAAAAAGAGGGAGAAGAAAGAGAUGAAAGAGAGAGAGAAAGAGCAGAAGAAAGUCAUGAAGGCUGAGAAAAAGAGGGAGAAGUUAGAACAGAAAAAGAGAGAGAAGGAAAGAAAAGAGGAGGAAAAGGCAGAGAAAAAGAGGUUAGAGGGGCUGAUGAAGAUACAUAAUGACAUGAUGAAAGACAGGAUUAAGAAAGAGAAGAAGUGUUCUGAGGAGCUGAAAAAGAGAGAGAAAGCUCAAGCUGAGUUCCUGGAGAUGGAGAGAAAGAUUCAAGAAAAGGAGGAGAAGAAGAGAGAAAAGAUGAGGAAAGAGGAGAGGAAGAGACUGGAGAAGAAGAAAAAGAGUGAGCCAGUUGGAGGUGGAACUGAGAGGGUGAUAGAAGAGCAGGGAAGGGAUGAAAGCUUGAAGAUGGAUGAGUAGACUGGGUAAUAGAGAGAGAGAGCAGGGAGGAAUACUGUAU